AUGUCCACCCCCACCCAACCUUCGCUGACAACCUGGAUCCUUGAGCAAGCUGUCAAAAUCAGAGGGACGUUCCGGACAGAACCCGGACUGCUUUACCGCCUAGGGCUUUCUGGACAGCGCUACUUCAGAUCAGACUCGCCCAAGUGUGUGUACGCGUGUGUGUCAGAGACCCACCCUGCUCCCCUGCAACCCAGUUACCCUCCGCGACGCGCCCGUUCCCCCUCCUCUGGGAGGCAGGGCGGGGGUAUCGGAUUAGUCUUUGUUUUCGACGCGAAAGAGCCGAGCGCGGAGCAGGGGAGGCUCGCGAUGGCAGGGCCGCUGACUCGGUACGCAAACGCGCGAUGUCCCCCAUUGUGCUGCCUCGGAACGAGCCAGAAGCAGCCGGGACAGGGGGGUCUGUCGGGCCCGGCGCUCAGGCCUCCCGGAGGCGCCGGGGCCGUCCCGGACUGCUCGGGCCCGCAGGGACCCUGGCUGCAGCCCCGCGGCAGGGCGAGGGUGACGAGCCCGAAGGGGGCGGCCGCGUCCCGGGAGGGCCGACCGCGGGGGUGGGAGCCACUGCAGGUGCAGAGACGCGGCGGCCCGGCCGGAGCCUGCCCCCAGCUGCUCCCGGGCCGCCAGCCCGACCCCUCCCCUCCGCGGGAACCACCACCACCCUCGCCCGGCCCUGGGCCCAGCGGGGCCGGCGGGGCUCGGCGGGGCAGCACGUGUGCGCCCUCCCGGGCGGGGGAGUCCCCGGGCGAGCACGUGCCGCGGUGCGCGGGGGGCGGGGAGUCCCGCGGACGCCUUCAUUGCUGCUGCUGCUGCCGCCGCGGCCGCCGCUGCCUCUUCCUUCCUCCUGCGCCGUCCCCUCCUCGGCCCGGGCGGGGGGCUCCGCGCGCCGAGCUCGGUCGGGCCGGGCGCUCCGGGAGGCGGGCGCCCCAGGCGGCGGCGGCGGCGGCCGCGACGGUGGUGGCGGCGGCGGUGCGGGCCGGCAAACUUUGCCCCUUUGUGCGCUCCGCCCCGGAGGCGGCGGGCAGGCAGCGCUGCCUUCUCCAGCGUCCAGACCCUGGAGGAAAAAUACCGGGAGAAACUGCUCACUCAGCUCUGACCCCACCACACCCCCACUUGCUCACCUAAUGCCUGGGUCCAGGGUGGGUAAGGGUGAAGAACCCACCGGGCCAAGAUGAUCCUUUUUCUGGGGACUGCUGCUGGUGUCCUCCCCCAGAUCCCGGGCCCCAGCAGGUGGGAGAGUGGCCCCCUACGGAGCCCGAUCAGACUGCUGCAAAGGAGGUGAAGAGGGGUUGAGAAGAGGCAUCCAUCUGGGAGACUGAAGCCACUUGCCUUCAUCCUUAUAAACUCUUGACUGUUCUAGGCGAGAAGGACCUGUUGGUGGCCUUUGCAGGUGGCAGGAAACUGGACUGUGGUUCUGCCCCUGCACCUAUGCCCCCAUCUCUGGCAGCAUCAUGAGUCAGUUUCAGGUGCCCCUGGCCGUCCAGCCGGACCUGCCAGGCCUUUAUGACUUCCCUCAGGGCCAGGUGAUGGUAGGGGGCUUCCCGGGGCCUGGGCUCCCCAUGGCUGGGAGUGAGUCCCAACUCCGAGGGGGUGGAGAUGGGCGGAAGAAACGGAAACGGUGUGGUACUUGUGAGCCCUGCCGGCGGCUGGAAAACUGUGGGGCUUGCACUAGCUGUACCAACCGCCGCACGCACCAGAUCUGCAAACUUCGAAAGUGUGAGGUGCUGAAGAAAAAAGUGGGGCUUCUCAAGGAGGUGGAAAUAAAGGCUGGUGAAGGAGCCGGGCCGUGGGGACAAGGAGCGGCUGUCAAGGUACCUUGUGUGUGUGCGUGCGUGUGUGUGCGCGUGUGUGUGGUGGCGGUGAAGUGUUUGACCGGAUUGGAUAAAAAUAAAGGGUCUCCUCUGGUGAUCCCUUAAUCUCCCACUGUGUGUGUAGCAGCAGCUGAGGGGGAGGGGCGGCGGGGGUGUGGGCGGCCAAUGAAUUCUCAGGCCUGUGUGGGUUUUGUUUGGAUUCUUUUUGCUUUCUCAGCUGGAUGGUUUUGGGUGCAGUUGGGGUUUGGGGUUUGGUUUGUUGAACUGUUUUGUUUUUUUAAGACAUGCAACCCACUCCCCACCCCUGCCUCUGGAAAUCUCUCGAGAAUGUCCCUGGCACUGUUGGUUUGCAUCCAAUCUGCAGAAAUCCCGGGGGGGGGGGGGGGGGGGGGGCGUAAGGGGGAGGGAGAAAUGCGCUCCUGAGUCUGAAGCUGAUAGGGUGUCAUUAGUCAUGCUGCUGUCACCAUGGAGAUGACUGGAGAGGAGAGGAGGUGGUGGGGGUGAGGAUAUUUUGGGUAGGGUGGGGGCUGAUGCAACAUCA